AUGUCGGAGCCUAUUACCCGUGAGCCCGGACUUUCAACGAUCCACCCCGAAUGGGAAGCAUUCGAGAAACAGUUUCCUAUUCCUCCCCUACUCGGAUCCCCCCAGCAACUUCGCGAACUUAAAUUCCCAAAAUCCAAUAGCCCUCCUAUCGGAUUCUCUAUCAGAGAUGUUCAAGUCCCAGGCUAUCAGGGUGCUACCAACCAGCUGCGCCUUUAUACCCCGGACAAUAGCUCCGAGCCUCUUCCAAUAGUCAUAUAG